AUGUGGGCCCCUUCAGUCCUCAUCCGAAGCGUUCCUGUGCUACCGCCAAUUGCUCCGGCAAUGACCGCUAGGAUGAUAAUCAAAUUAUUGGAUGAUUUUGACGCGGAGUUGAUGCACCACUCGACAGUACACCGAUCACCGACUGUCGUCCUGGCGGACAACAAUCCGGCCUACUCCUAUGGCUUCGAAGCACCGAAGGCGAACAACUCCGGUGGCGGAGGUUGGUUCGCCGGGCUGAAGGCGAAGAUCUCGCAGCUGGCCGGCAUUUCCGAGUGGAUGAGCCAACUCGGAAUCGGAGAUAAUCACCCCCAACCGCCACAGCGAAGCAUGUCGACACCGGCUUCCGCUCCAGUACCUCGACAACAUGUUGAUGAUGACUCGAUUUCCUAUCACUCCAUUUCACUCGACGAUUGUGCCGCGAUGCCCGAAUGGGACGAUGAGCACUGGGACUUUGGCGCAUCGUUCCUUGCUGACUUAGAUUCUUCCCAUGUGUGGAAUGAUACAUUAGAACGACAGCAUUUUGGUCCGCUGAAGGACCUCGUAACCACUGGCGGCGGCAAGGCCGAUGGGCAUAAUUUUAUAUCUAUCACACUUAUGCAUCCCACAUGGUGCGACAAAUGCGGGGAUUUCAUUUGGGGACUUCUGAAGCAAGCAGCUAAAUGUGAAAAAUGUAAUUAUACCUGUCACACUCGAUGUAGAGAGUUGGUAACUUUGGAUUGUCGAUCCGCCGGCUCUUCCUUGUCUUCCGGGGAAUUCCCCUCCAUCUACCCCAAACUGCUCGAUGGCACAUUGGGGACAAUACCAAAGGAGUUGCAUCUCCCUCCUAUUCCCAUGUCACCCUUUAGUGAUUCGGACAAGGAGAAUGACACCACCAGUGUGGAGAAUCCGCUUUUUUCGCCCUCCAAGUCUGUUCGUCUAGAACCCAUGGUACUACUGGGCCAUCCACUGGAUGAACAGGUACAACCGGAGACUGUAAAUGGAACGCAGACACUGCAAAUUUCCGAAGUUUAUGUGAAAGAAGAUACGCCCUUUGAAUGGUCUCCUGCCUAUAGGGACGCGAAUCUAGCUGAACGAAUUGACGAGUACAAUAAAACGAGUGAAGGAUUGUCUAUGAAGAUGUGCGAUGACGGUGAGACUUUCUGUGGUCACAUCCAAAUCCACAUGAACCUCACCCGACCCAUCAGUGUUGUUGCAGGAGAAAAGCCGCCCACCGUUUAUGAUGUUGUGAAUACAGGAAAAUCGUCGAUGUCGUCGCUUCGAACGAUUACGUCGUUCUUCCUGCCAAGGAACACGGUGAAGACGAUCAACAUCAACAGCAGAAUGACAACAAGGCAGAUGAUCGUGACUUUGCUGCGAAAAUUCCGAGUAGCCGACAAUCCUAGGAAGUUUGCACUCUAUGAAUGCAGCUAUGAAGAUGAUAGGGAGACGCCGACUUUGCUCAGGAAAAUGACGCGAAUAUCGGAUGAUGUCUGUCCUCUGAAAGUUGUUCUCAGCUGGCAGAACGCCAAAUGUGGCAAAGCACUGGUUUUGCAAGAAAACGAUACGGGCGAUAUAUUGUGGGACGCUUUCGAAGUGCCUGAACUGGACAACUUCCUUAGAAUUCUGAAGAUGGAGGAGCAGCAGUAUCAGUGGCAAAUACGGCAACGUUACCAUCAGUAUAGAUAUUUUGUUGAUAUGGAACUGCGACGGCGAGGAUAUAACGUAGGCGAGGAUAUUGGCGAGCCACCGACGGCUUUGGCUCCACCACCACCUCCGCUUGCCGACUACAAUGAAUACGGAACGGGUGAAAGUAUGGUAGUCAGCGAUGUCUUUCAAACGAUGCGAAACGGUCAGCUGUCGUCGACGCUCAGAGCCACGGACGGUGCCACCGCUGAGGCCAUCCAUGACCCCACCUACGUGAAUCUGAGCUUCCUGCGAGCUCAGCAGAUGGAGCAGUCAACGAGGUUGUGAACCAGCAGGGAAUCGUCUCUUUGCCUUCGAGUCCAGUGAUAACGUGUAGCACUUGAUGAAGUAGCCUGGGUAUCAGUUCACGAUUUGUCUUCAUUUAGUCAGCAGCAAGUCGUUUGUUGAUUUUUGAUUGUAUUUUUGCGCACGCUGUUUUUCAACUUCAUUGAAUGAUUGACGAGUAUGCCUACCUAAGAAAUAAUUGCUGUAGAUUGUGCAAAACUCUCUCAUCUCAUCAAAAAUUUAGUCCUGCUAAUCUUGUGAAUAUAUUUUUUCUCAUAUAGCUGCUCUUUUAUGACCAAUUCCCUCUGACGUGUCGACCCGUCUUCAGCUCGCACUCUCAUACAAAUUUGCUCACGUUCCUCGUCAUUCUCGUCCAAAUUCAUUUUCAUCUUGAUGUGUUUUUUACAUGUGAUUGAUUUUUUCUGAACGGAUAUGCGUUGUUGUUUUGUGGUGCUCUCUGGUUGUUCUCAAAUUUCCACAUUUCACACAUUCACAUCUCCCCGCAUGUCUGUUUAUAAUUUAUAUGAUGAUAUGGAUAAACUGUGAUGGUG